AUGGCGCGUUUCCGGAAUAAAAAGAAAAAUGUGUUUGCGAAGAACGUGCUGAAGAAGCAGCCAAUGAUGGGUGUUGAUCAUAUAACGGGGGAUAAAAUUCCUAAAAGUUUUGUGUUCUCGAGGGGGAAGUUGCCUCCUCCUCUUAGACAAUUGCAAAUGGACUUGAGAAAGUUGAUGCUUCCUUAUACCGCUCUCAAGCUCAAGGAAAAGAAACGGAACAAUCUGAAGGACUUUUUGAAUGUUUCUGGGCCUAUGGGUGUCACACAUUUCCUUAUUGUUUCAAAAACAGAAUCUGCACCUUAUUUGAGGGUUGCAAAAACUCCUCAGGGACCAACACUUACCUUCAAGAUACAUGAAUACUCAUUAGCAGCUGACAUUGCGCAGUCUCAGCUUCGCCCAAGAUGCCCUCAAGAUCUUUUCAAGAAUUCUCCCUUGAUUGUGCUUUCUGGUUUUGGUACCGGUGAUCAGCAUCUAAAGCUUACCACAGUUGUGUUCCAGAACAUUUUUCCUGCCAUCGACAUAAACACUGUCAAGCUUUCGACUUGCCAAAGGAUUGUGUUACUUAAUUACAACAAAGACACAAAGCUGAUUGAUUUCCGGCAUUACUCUAUAAGAUUGCAACCUCUUGGCGUUUCUCGCAAAAUCAGGAAAGUCAUCCAGAAGCAUGAGGUGCCUGAUUUAAGGAAUCUUCAAGAUGUCAGUGAUUUUGUGACAAAAGCUGGUUAUGGAUCUGAAAGUGAAGCAGAUGAUGAGGCUGCUACUGUUAGUCUACCAACUGAUCUUGGCAGAGCUAACCGUAAAUCUACACAAAGCGCCGUGAGGCUACAAGAGAUUGGACCUCGCAUGACGCUCCAACUCGUGAAAGUUGAGGAAGGAUUAUGCUCUGGCUCCGUCAUAUUUAAUGAAGGCGGUGUGUCUGAUGCAAAAAAGAAGCAGGAAACUAAGCAAGUAGAAGACGAGGAUGAUGAAGUUUCUGAGGAUGACAGAGAAGAAGAAGAAGAGGAAGAGGAAGAGGAGGUGGAAAUGGAGGAAAAUUAA